GGCUCAGAUUUGAUAAAAAUAUUUUUAAGAAAGAUGUAAUUAUCUUAUUGUUGUAAUAUGGAAACACCAUCGCCCCUUACAACCCCUCCAAUAAACCUAUAGAGUAUAUCAGGGUCAUUGACAAGUGUACACAGACACAAUUAAUUUAAUACAAAUAAUUCGGACGAUUCAUUUAAUUUGUUUAUUUUUUAACUUCACUUCCGUCUCGUCUGCCAACACCUCAUGAGGAUGUAAAGUAUUAGGUUAGACUUAGUGAGACAACAACAAAGGAGUAGACACACGAUAGUUCACCUGUAGAUAAACUGCCUUAUUAAAUAAGCUGUGCCUCUGAUGUCCAAUGCAAGGUACCUGCGUUUUUCACAAGAAGUGAAAGCUGAUUUUGCCGAUAUUGUCCCAUCAUGCAGCAGGAGGAUUGUUUGGGUUUCGGGGUCAGGUGGUCUCUCUUUGUGCUCGCAGCUUUGAAGCGUAGCUCAUGUAGCUAAUUCAACAUAAUUACAGGACGUUAUAAGCACAUAGUGAGUGAGCUGUAAUCAGAACAUAUAAUAUUAGAUUCACAUAUUCACAUCCAUAAUGCAUUGAUUGAUUAAGCAGCAGUGCUCCAGCAGCCAGGCUGGAAUGUGUUUUGCACAGUGUUACGACGAGGUCUCUAAAUCCAACAGCAGCCACCUGCAGAGUGGAGUUUUUUUCCUGCCAUAUUUGGUUUUGGUUUGGCAUCUAGCAGCCACGUUGGCAGGGAACCAGCUCUCAGUCUGAGCCCCUGUUGUUUUUCAGAUAUUUCAGCUGGCUGGUGCUUUCACACUGAUGGUUGGUUUAGGUGGACGACGACAGCCACUUGUGGAGUCGAAGCAAAUGGAGAUCUGACUUUAACCCCUGAUCAACAGCAGGGCCUAUCACAGGAGAAACUGGUGGACGAGCUCAACACACGUGCUGAACUGAACGGCCUAUUCUUCUGCAACAUGUGAGGUACUGGCGAGAGCGGAAAGAGCACCUUCAUCAAACAGAUGAGGAUCAUACACGGAGGAGGAUUCACAGCUGAGGACAAGAAGAACUAUGUCAAACUGGUUUACCAGAACAUCUACACGUCCAUGCAGACGAUGAUCCGAGCCAUGGAGACACUCGAUAUAUCCUUCGCUGAUCCCCAGAACAAGGGCCCUGCAAACUCCAUCCUGGAGUUGGAGGUGGAUAAGGUGGAGGAUUUGGAUGAAAGCAUGGCAACGGCCAUCAAGAAUCUUUGGGCCGAUAAAGGAAUACAGGAUUGCUAUGACCGCCGCAGAGAGUACCAGCUGUCAGACUCCACCAAAUACUAUCUCACCGACCUGGAUCGAAUUUCUCAGCCGUCCUAUGUGCCCGACCUACAGGACAUCCUCAGAGUCCGAGUGCCGACCACAGGUAUCAUUGAAUACCCGUUUGACAUGGAGAACGUCAUUUUCAGGAUGGUGGAUGUGGGGGGUCAGAGGUCAGAGCGGAGGAAGUGGAUCCACUGCUUUGAGAACGUCACCUCCAUCAUCUUCCUGGUGGCGCUCAGCGAGUACGACCAGGUCCUGGUGGAGUGUGACAAUGAGAACCGGAUGGAGGAGAGCAAGGCCCUGUUCAAAACCAUCAUCACCUACCCGUGGUUCCAGCGCUCCUCCAUCAUACUUUUCCUGAACAAGACUGACAUCCUGAAGGAGAAGAUCAUUCACUCUGACUUAUCCACUUACUUCCCUGAAUUCACAGGACCUCAGCAGGAUCCUGGAGCAGCUCAAGAAUUCAUCCUGAAGAUGUACCAAGAACAAAACCCGGACAAGGACAAGACUCUGUACCCUCACUUCACCUGCGCCACAGACACAGAAAACAUCCGCUUCGUCUUCGUCGCCGUCAAAGACACCAUCCUCAGACACAACCUGAAGGAGUUCAACCUGGUGUAAAGAGGAGGAGGAGGAGGAGGGUGAGAGCAGCAGAGGAGACGAAGGGCUUCAGGAGGACAGAGACAUGACGAGAGGCUGAAUAAGAUAGAAUUACAUAAAACAAACCUUUUAGGAUGAAAUAAGAUUUUAUUUUCCGACCUCUUCUGUAAAUCUGCUGUGAUAUGAAGUUUCCUGAAGAAGUGAGAAUGUGAAAAUUAGUGGAAAGUUAGAUCAUGACUUGUUACUUCUUAGAUUAAAUUUCUGUGUAUAGAGAGUGUGUUUUAAUUGAUACAUAGUGAGAAAGUUAGUACAGUUCGGCCAUUUAAAGCAACGCUAUGCAGCUUUUUGGCCUCAUAAUAACAGCUCCAAAAUAAGUUUGAUGGUUCACUGACUUAGAAAAGGGAGAAUGGUGACACUUUCAUUCCCACUCCUCAUCCUAAAUGUCUGUUCUUGCUCUAUGUGGCAUGAGCGAGCGGCUUGGUUCUCCUGUGAGACUGAUUGUCGCAGCUUAAACGGUCAGAAUCAUGUUUGUUUUUUCUCUUAACCGCACUUUCGGACAUUGAGCCAGAGUGAAUCAUGUGUGGUUGCUAGGGGGGCUCUUGCUCAGUACAAAAUUACAUUGUGUCGCUUAAAUUGAUUGUAGAAAUAUUUCUUUCCUUACGCCCCUGUCUCUUCUUUGGCUUAUUUACUCAUAAAAGUCACUGAGCUGAUCUUGUUUUAAAUGUAAAUAGACGGAGUUGUGCUUUUCUCAGGAGAGAUGGAAAUUAUAUUUAUGUAGUGUCAUUUUAAACAAGCAAUCCUAUUUAUGUAAUAAAGUGUGCAACAUACAUGUUUGAGAUUUUCAGGGUACAUGAAAUAAAAGAGAGAGCAUUGAAAU